CCACACUCUCAUACAUCCUCAAGAAUUAUCAAACUCUAAAAAAAUUAAGCACACUUUGCUCUCUCUUUUACUCUCUUAAUUCUUCAAGCCAUCCUUCCCAUCGGAAUCUCAGCCGUUGGAUUGAAAUGGCUACUGCUGUCUCAACCGUUGGAGCCGCCACUAGAGCACCUUUGAGUGGAUCAAAUGCUGGGGCAUCAGUGCCAACCUCAGCUUUCUUGGGGAGCAGCUUGAAGAAGCAUACAAGUGUGAGAUUCCCAAGUGCCUCCUCCAAGGCUUCUUCAAUGACCGUUAAGGCCGCGGAUUACAGCGAGGAGAAGCAGACCAAGAAGGACAAAUGGGCUGGUUUGGCUGAAGACAUCUCCGAUGAUCAACUUGACAUUCGUCGCGGUAAGGGUAUGGUUGACACCCUCUUCCAAGCUCCCAUGGAUGCUGGUACCCAUGUUCCAGUCCAGAGUACCUUUGAGUAUGAAAGUCAAGGUCUUAGAAAGUACAACAUUGACAACAUGUUGGGUAAUUUCUACAUUGCCCCAGCUUUCAUGGACAAGCUUGUUGUUCAUGUCACUAAGAACUACUUGAACUUGCCUAACAUCAAGGUUCCCCUUAUCUUGGGUAUCUGGGGAGGCAAAGGUCAAGGUAAAUCCUUCCAAUGUGAACUUGUGUUCGCGAAAAUGGGAAUCAACCCCAUCAUGAUGAGUGCUGGAGAAUUGGAAAGUGGAAAUGCAGGAGAGCCUGCAAAGUUGAUCAGGCAAAGGUACCGUGAGGCAGCAGACAUCAUUGCCAAGGGUAAGAUGUGCGCUCUAUUCAUCAACGAUCUCGACGCUGGUGCUGGACGUAUGGGAGGCACAACUCAAUACACUGUCAACAACCAGAUGGUUAACGCCACCCUCAUGAACAUUGCUGACAACCCAACCAAUGUCCAGCUCCCUGGUAUGUACAACAAGCAGGACAAUGCUCGUGUACCCAUCAUCGUUACUGGUAACGACUUCUCUACCUUGUAUGCUCCUCUCAUUCGUGAUGGUCGUAUGGAGAAAUUCUACUGGGCACCCACUCGUGAGGACCGUAUUGGUGUUUGCACUGGUAUCUUCAGGACUGACAAUGUCCCUGUGGAGCAUGUUGUCAAAAUUGUUGACUCUUUCCCUGGCCAAUCCAUUGACUUUUUCGGUGCCUUGAGAGCUCGUGUAUAUGAUGACGAAGUAAGGAAGUGGGUUUCAAGCGUAGGAAUAGACGCCAUUGGGAAGAAGCUUGUGAACUCAAAGGACGGACCACCCGUGUUCGAGCAACCCAAAAUGACCUUGGAGAAGUUGCUUGAGUAUGGAAACAUGCUUGUGCAAGAACAAGAGAAUGUUAAGAGAGUACAACUUGCUGACAAGUACUUGAACGAGGCUGCUCUUGGAGAUGCUAACAAAGAUUCCAUUGACAGCGGAGCUUUCUUCGGACAAGCAGCUCAACAAGGAAAUAUACCAAUUCCUGAAGGUUGUACUGAUCCAAAUGCAAAAAACUUUGACCCAACUGCAAGGAGUGAUGAUGGGAGCUGCUUGUACACUUUCUAGGCCUUUUUUCCUUUGUCAAAUGAGUUGAGGAAAGAGGACCAAAUUAAUUUUUUAGUUUGCCUCUAUGAAUUGGAAGGAUUAUUGUUCCACUCUUGUAUACUUCUUUUCUAUUUAAAUUUUUUGUCAGUUGGUGAGUUGUUUUCCUGUAAUUUUGUGUAAGAAUUCACCUUCGUUUUCGUUGUGGAAUUGAUAAUUUUAUUUCCUUUUCUCGUAA